AUGAUUACUUUAUUCGCUGGUGACGUUGUGCCUCAAGGCUGGCUUCUCUGCCAUGGACAGGUCGUGUCACGUAUGACAUAUUUGCGCCUCUUCUCCGUUAUUGGCACUUUGUACGGGACGAGCGAUCAUGUUCAAACGUUUAACUUGCCGGAUUUUCGAGGCCGCUUUCCCUUGGGUCUUGAUCCGCAACAAGGUCAGCGCCACACAGGUGGAGAGACACAUGUAAUGCUCACCACGGCAGAACUUCCAUCUCACGCACAUGCAUCUGGCAGCCUCAUUGCUCGAAGUGUCGGGGAUCACAUGCAUCUUAUUAACGAUCCGGGACACAAUCAUGGAGGACAGACGGGUGGGGGUAUCUUUGGAUCAGGAGGAAUGGGCAUGAGAGGUGAUGGUGGGGGUAACGAAUACAACACGCACUCUCACCAAAUCAGUCGAGACGUUACACAAAUCGAUGUGCGACCAGCUGGCGCUCAUGACCACCCCGUAGAUGGUCAAACGGAUGCACAAGGACUUGGUCAAAAGAUUAGCAUCCUAAAUCCAUAUCAAACUAUCGACUAUAUUAUCUAUGCUGGGUCGGACCGAUCUAUAGGUAUAAGCGUGUAUUCUCUCUCUUGUAGUGUUGCUACUCCAGGUGGCAGUGUGUAUAAGUAUUUUUUACUUUUUCUGCUUUCCUACAGCAGCUCUUUUUCGUAAAGUCAGCUUUGUUUGUAACAUAAAAUCAAGUUCAAGCUCAAGUUCGGAAACUCUCGGAUGAAACAGAAGUCUACAGACACUGAUUUUUAAAGUUUUUGCCUACAUUCAGCUCUUUUGUUUGACACGUGAAUGUUUGUCUACCCAUUUCAACAUUUCGAAUAAACAAGAACUGCUUGAAGUUAAAAGACGAACUUUAGUUUAGUGUUCGAUCGGCAGAACACGCUGCUAAAUCCAAAAUAUUAGCUUUAAAAGCUCUAAAAUUUUCUCUGACUGCUUCAGUCGGUGAUCUGUUCUGUAUUUACCGCACAUUUCGCCGCUGAUAUUCGAGCGUUAGACAAACAGUGUUUAUAAUAUAUGUACAACUUGACCCGACUCAAAUACAAUCAAUGGUGCGACAAACAUUCUCCUUUAUGUAAAAGAAUAUGAUGAACGUAGGUACGUGCCAAAAGCUGUUUAAUAAUCGAUCUAUCUGUUACUUAGGCAGAGCUCACGCUAUUCUUCUCAUGAUGAAUCAAUCGCAUUACAUUGUAAUAUUUUUUUAUCUUAUCUGUUUUAAGCGACACAAUACUACUGAGCACGCGCGAGAGUCAAAAGUCUUGGAAGAAAGAGAACGAGAAAGCUGCACUAUUUGUCUUUUCAUUGCUUAGUGUUUGACGUUUAUGUUGCUGAUAAGGCAUGUUGUGCAACAAAUUCCUUUUUUUGUUGAGAUGUAUUGCUGAUGCCCUUGAGUUUUUCGCUGACAGAAGACAAUGCACUUUUAUCUAACGUAAGCAAACAUCUUGUGAUGCGCUUUUCGCUGAAAACCACAAAGUCAUUUCAAAGUACAGUAUGUAAUUUAGAUAAAAAGGCACAUGUCUUACGACAUUCCAUAGGAAGAGCAAGAACAUAAACACAAUUUACAUGAUUUUCGAGAAGCAUUUGAAAUACAUUUAAAUUGGUCGUAUGUGCUAUUGAGGGAGGAAGAUCAUUCCACUGCCUGGAGGUGAGAGGGGUAAGAAAGAAGAAGAUGAAGCUUUUGUGGAAAAAUGUGUAGUAAUAACCUAUCUGUCACGUCCAAAAUGCGUAGAUUUCCGAUUAUGAGAAGGUGUAAUGAGAUUAAGAUGUGAAAGAGGGCUUAUGUCAUAGAAAAUUUUAUGGAAAUGAACGAGUCUGAAAUAGAGUCUUCGAUUUUCGAGACAACAAAGUUUAAUUCGAAAUGAAGUGCGAUCGGAUCGAUCGAGUGGUCUUUCACUAUAACUCUGGCAGCCAAGCGCGUCAUUCAAAAUAGACAGAUGUGAUUUAAAUGAACUACCGUAAAGAAUACAAGCAUAUUCAAGAACCGGCCUGACACAUACUUCGUAAAGAUGAAGACGGAGAUAUAUGAUGUGGUGCCGAACACUCUAGAAAUAGAACCUGAUAGCCUUCUGCAUUUAGCAGCCGUUUGAUUUGUAUGUUCUUUCCAAGUUAGAUUGUGAACAAGAUGCGCUCCAAGCAGUUUUACAGAAGCAACGUUCUCAAGCGAAAUGCCAUUUAGUUUCAGUUCACCUAACUUAUUUGUACUGGAAAGAACAGUAGAGAACAAUCCAUUUUCAUUUAUUAGCAUUAAGUUUCACUAGCAUCCUCUCACACCACUCCGACAUUUCGUUCACACAUUCUUGAACUGCACUUAAAUUUGCAUUUUCACGAUCCACAACACAGAAGGCAUCGUCGGCGAAAAGAGAAGUCAGUUUUGAGGCUUCCAGAGAAGUCGGAAGAUCAUUAAUGAAGAUCAAAAAGAGAAUUGGAUCUAAAAUACUACCCUGCGGCACUCAUGAAGUAACGGUUAAUCUUUUGGAGAGAACAGAUCCUAUGGAACCACUUGUAAUCGAUUGGACAAAUAAGAUGCAAACCAGUUGUACAGAUCUCCAUGAAUUCCACCAUGUGAUAAUUUUCCUAAAAGAAGUUGAUCCGGAAUUUUAUCAAAUGCCUUUUCAAAAUCAAAUGACGCUCCUGUUGAUUUCUUUUAUCGUUGAGACAAUUAUUUAUAAAGUUAGUUAAAUAAACUAGAGUAUCUUUGUUAGAAACUGCAUCAAGUGCUUAUGAAUUAACUUUUCAAAAACUCUACUUACAUUCGAUAUUAAAGAGAUUGGAUGAUAGUUUUAGCCAUUAUUUUUAUCAUCUUUUUUGUGAAUGGCUUUUAUUAUCGAAAGUUUCCAUAUAUCAGGGAAAACUCCUUUUUCAAUCGAGAUGCUAAAGAUGUGAUAUAAUUGUGGCGAUAUACUAUCUGCACUUAGUUUCAAGCAUUUAACUGGAAUAUUAUCAAUGCCAACGCUUUUUUUAUUUUGUAAUGAUUUAAUAUAUUCAAACACCUCUGCUACAUUGAAAUUUAUUGUGGAGAGAAAAUUAGAAGCGUUAGUGUGUAGAUUAGGCAUAGAUCCUUGUGCAGUAGAGUAACAACUUCCAAAAUGUUCUGAUAAAAGCUCAGCUUUUGAUACAUCGUUAGUAGCGGGGUUACCGUUCAGAUGUAAUGUUGCUGGUAGACCAUUAUGAUCAGAACGAAAUUUCUUAAUGUCUGUCCAAAAACGUUUACUUACUGUCCUUGAAAUUUUUCAUAAUUGAUGUAAACAGCUUGAAUUUCUCUUUUCGUACACACUGAAUAACUUUAUUACGAAGUUUCUUGUACAACGAAAACGUCUUGAGAGAAUCUGAACUAUGAGCAACCAUCUGUUUAAAGUUCUUAAAGACUAACGUUUUUUUCCUCAUCAAGAAGUUAGUUGCUCCGGGUAAACGUGGUACCGGCUAAUUUGAUAUAGGUACUGUUUUAAUAGGGAUGAAUAUUUCCAUUGGUUUUCAUCGUAUUUGAGCAACCGAACUCAGCGCGUUAACAUCGAUAAUAUUUUUUUCAAAGUAGUCAGCGUCUCUUCUGCGCGUGCCCAAACGGUCAAUCCUGGGACCCCUACUAUUUAUUAUUUUCAUCGAUAUUCCAUUUGUACUUCCGCGUGUUUGUACGGUCUUUUUGCGGAUGAUAUCUUCGUUGUUAAUCCACUUCUACAUUCGGAUAGUAAGCAGUUUAUUGAGUCAAGCUCAAAACGAAAUAGACAAAAUUUGUAGAUGGUGCUGCGACAAUAAUAUGGAAUUAAACGCCGAUAAAUGUUCACAUACGUAUUUCUUUUUUACUACUUCUUGAACACAACUUCUACUGUCGCAAGUAGCAGCUAAGGCUCUCUCCGUUGACUUCCACUCUAAACUAUUACGCUUAAUCUUUUCGAGCGAUAUGAAGUAGUCAACUCAUAUCAGCGAAACCGCUCUUUCUUGUAGGCGAAUGCUAGGUGCCACUAACAGGGUCUUCCAAGACGCACAAUCAUUUGUCCGUCACCUACUUUACAAAAUCCGCGUGUUACCUAAGAUGGACUAUGGUAGUAUAUUGAAGGUCAAUUUAACAUUUUCUUUUAACAAAUGACUCAAUCAUACAUGACCAUAAAAUUUAUCGGAAUGGCUAUUGCCACUCUCUGAGGGUGUCAAAAGGAGUCAUCAUAUUUUAAUUUAUGAGUGUAAGUUCCGAUACGCUUUAUGAAUUUCUUCGCAUUGAAGUUCUAAGGAUGUUCUCCCUAAGGCACAACUGGUUAUUGAUGUUGCGGAGGUCGGCGUGAAACAGAGUUGUAUUGUUAUUGGCUUCCAUUGUUUAUAAACAUCAGCAGAACUAAUAAAGCACUAAUAAUAAAUAAAGUAGGACAAUUAAGUUUUGAAAGAAAAUGAAGAAUUUUGUCGUACAAAGUUCUGUUUUAUUCUGACUCCAUUUUCAGCCAGAGUUCAUAGAAGGGUAACAGUGAACUAAAUCUGUAACGCGCGUGGAGUGCGUCCGCACAGAGGUAAGGCUUUAGCUAUCUGUCAUCUAUAAAUGUUUCAUAAAUUCAUUCUCUAAAGUUCUAGUUGCAGGAUACCACGCUAUUCUUCUGAGAUGUCAGAAUAUCAGUACGCAGUAUAUUCUCAAAAAACGACUAUUUUUUUUAACUAAGUGGAUUUGGUGGGCUUGGUAUAUUCUCAUUGACAAUACACGAGAAUACGCAAAUAUAGUGUCGCGAUCGAAGGGGGGGGGGGGGGGGGGGGGCGCCGGCGGGGGGCCAUAGAGGGGCCCCCCCGCGCCAAAUUUCGGGG